ACCAAAGGACAUUAUUUUCUCAACAAAAAAAAAGGACAACACAAUGCUGGAUCUCAAAGUCUGAGGAGAUUGCAGUCAGAUUUUUUUGAGUUAAGUCAGUAUUGUUGUACUAUAUCCACCCCCCACCUCACAUCUUAUGUUAUUAUAUGUAAGACAUUAGUGGGCCCCACAUCACUAUUUUUCAAAUACAUGGCUGCUUUUGCUUAUCUUUCCUCUCCUCUUCACUAAGAAAAAAAUGCAGAAAAGAAGGGCAAGUUAGUGUGUGUGUCCCCUCAUUGACUCUUUUUCAAAACCAAACACAAAAAACACCAAAAGUGUUUGGUUUAAUCAUACACCAAAAUACAAGUAAGUUAGAGUAUUUAACACUUCAUGUCACACAUGUUCCACAAACAAAACCCUCUCUUAAUCAAUCCUUUAUCUAUCUAUAUAUCAUUAAGCCCUAGAUAGUAACAAACUUCAUAUAGCUUUUGAUUUCUUAAUUCAUAUAUAAGAUCUUAGUUUUCUUAUAUAUAUCCACCUAGGUUUUGGUGAUCUUUGUAUCAAUGGAACAGGAUCAAUGUUGGAUUCAAACAAAGAGAAAGUACUCAAUGAGUAAUUCAAAUCUUGCUAGUUCACUAACUAACCCUUCUUCUUCUUGUUAUGGUGAUUCAUGGGAAGAACAAGCUUUUGCUGAAGAUGCAGCUGCAGGGUCACUUGGAGGAUGUAUAUGGCCACCAAGAUCAUAUUCUUGUAGCUUUUGUAGAAGAGAGUUUAGGUCAGCACAAGCAUUAGGUGGACAUAUGAAUGUUCAUAGAAAAGAUAGAGCAAGACUCAAACAACAACCACAAAAUGAUCAAAUUCUUUAUCAUAAUCAUCAUCAUCACCAUCAUCACGAGCUUGAAAUCGCGACUCAUCAUGUUCAAAAUCCACUUAUUCAAAAUGUUUAUAAUAAUAACCUAUUCCCUAAUUCUCCUUCUUGUGGUUUGGUUUAUAAUAAAACUAACCCUAAUUCUCAUCUUGAUCAUUUUGUAUCUUCAACUUCAUCCCCUUCGUCGGCUUCUAAGGCUUUAUUCGGAGAUGAAACCCUAAUUUCUCCUUUCAACUCUUCUGAAUCAUGGCUGAAUUUACCUGGAAAUGAUAUAUUAUGUUCAACAAAGUUUCAACUUGCUGUUGAUAAUUUUGAUCAAAAAGUCUCCAAAGGUAUAAUAGAUGCUAGGUUUCGAGAUAAAGGGGGAAACGACGAUGAAAGUGAUGUAGCUAUGAGCUUGAAUUUGGUUUUGUGUAGAACUCAUCCACUUGUUGAAUUUGAGAGUACUAAAGAAGAAGAUUUCAAUUGCAAGAAGAGGAAAAUAGAUUCUUCAUCAAAUCAAUUAUUCUCUAACUCAAGCACCUUUGAUAAACAACAAAAUAUGCAAGCAAAGAUGUUUGAGUUCAACCCUAAUUCAAUUGAGGAGGUAGAUCUGGAGUUAAGGCUUGGUACAAGGUCCAAGGUAUAGUUAAGUAGCAUAUAUAUAUAUAAAUAUAUAUAAAGAAAAUCCUUCAUUGUUCUUAAUGAAUAUAGAUUUUUCUCUUCUCUUAUGUUCAUAGUUUGUUGUUUGUGUUUACUCUUUCUUAAUUUCUUUACCUUACAAGGAAGUUUUUCAUCAUGUUUGAUUUGUUUCUUUCAUGAGGGUUCAGCCUCAGAUAUCUGCAAAGUUGUUUGUCAUCAUAGCAUUUACUGCAACUAUAUACACAGGCUUUUGUAAACUUCUUCUUCUUUGAUAGUAUGGCCAAAAGUUCAAUUAUUUUGAAUAA